AUGCGACGAAUCGUCUACCGUACCUUCGGACAGGGUGUUCUGGAUGAGAAGCAGCAACAGUUCGGUGGCAGCAGGCCAAAGCUGCAUGAUCACAUAGCUGACGGACGACGGCAGCACCAAUUGCGGUUGGGCUUCUUGGCACAGAGGCCAGUCGAGUUGAACAAACAAACGAACGAACGAACACAGCGACAAGACGGCGACUUGUCGGUCUGGUGCACGCGGCUCGACUUGACUCGGCUCGGCUCGGUUCGGCUCGUUUAUGGCUGUAGCAAGAUGGUGAACGAGUGA